AAGCCAGGAUUGGUUUAUUCUCAUAUGAACAAAACUGAGAAAGGAGGAAAGUCCAGGGUGUGUUGAUGUUGAGAAUAGGAAAUAAGUUCACAUAUGCCUAAAGUUACUUAUUUUCAGUGAGAGCAUUGUGACCUUGAAUUAGCAAUGUGUUUUAUUUAUUAUUAGAUUAUUUAAUAAACAUUUUGAUCAAGAGACAUCCAUGAUUAGGGGAGUUUUGUUUUUCAUUUUCAGUAAUAAGAUUGUAUGUGAAGGAAGAACUGGAUUAUAUAUGAUUUAUUUGACUCUAUACAUUCAUUAAAUUUCACAUCUUGGCCUAGAUAUCCUAAGUGUUAGCCCAAAGAAUUGACAGAGAGCAGUGAUUCUCUUAUACUUAUGGUUAUAAGGAUACCAGGAAAGCUUGUUUUACAAAAUUCUGUGUCUACUAAUACCUGGUAUUUUUUAUAUUAUUUAAAGGCAAAUGAUCAAUGCUUUAAUGCAUUUUCCUCUGUUAAAACCGAAAGCCUGUGGGCACAGUCUGAGAGCCUUGUGCAGGGAAGGGCUGUCUCCAGGGGAGGCAUGUUUCUGGAAGAUUUAGAUUUAUAUUUUUAAUGACUUUACAGUUUUACCUACCAUGGUUUGAUAUGUCUCAGAAACAUGCAUGUCAAAUAUAAGUAAAUAAGUAUAUAUACUCAUACAUGAAAUAUAACACUGAGUUCUUUGGUAGUUUUUAUAUACAUUUAUUUAAUGAAAAUUACACAAAACAAUCAGGUAUUGUGCCAAAAAGGUGUUUCCCAGCACAUAAAAUCUGGAACCAGACCAUUCCUGGGUAGCUAGAUUAGGGAUGAUUCUCUGGAGGAAGUUUGGCUGUACCCUCUUAAUGAAUACCUUGAUUUUUCAAUGGACUAUUCAGCUGCAUAACAGGACAAUUAAGUUCAUUUUCAGCCUUCUGCUAUAUUAGUAUAAUCUUAUGGAAAUAGUUGUUAAUAAAGCCGUUUUGUUCUAAAUUGAUUUUAUUUUAUGUAAUUCUAGCCUUUUUACUUAGAAAAGAAAAUAAUUGAAGAGCCAGUAUAUGGUUACCUUAUGCUGCUUUUUAUUUGUCCCUUCCAUUAGUGUAUUUCAUGGUCUUCUCUCUGAUCUCUAUUUUUCAUAGAUAAUUCUUCCUUGGAGGACUCCUGGAUUUCAUGCUGCUCUUGGAUGUUUGGGCCUUCCUCAGUGUCCUGCCUCACUUGGGCCUGCUUGACUAGGAAUUAAAUCUUCAAAAAAGAAGAUCACUUUAACUGUCCAUCAUGACUACCAUGGAGACAAUGCCUGAGAAAGAAAAAUGGUCUACAUUAGAUGUAAUGAAGCAAGAUUUUUUUCAAGAGGCAAAAAAUCUCAUUGCUGAACAUGAGAACAUAAAGGAGAAUAAAGUUCAAGGUACUUCUAUAAAUGUUUUUAAAAAUAAACACCAAAAACCAAAAUCUAUCAAAUACAUACCUUUGGAUGUUAAAAAAAAGGAAGUACUUGAUGUGGUUCAUGAACAUCAAAAAGCACUCAGAAAUAUUUGUCCCAAGGAACUUCCCAAAAGUGAACAUGUUGAAGAGACCUCACAGCGAACUUGCUUUAAGAAGCCUCAACUUCUUAGUAUAAAAGAAAAGCUUGAGUCCACAGCUCAUAGUACAGAAGAACAAGUUAAACUGGGUAAAAUUGUGACAGAUAUUGACUCAGUGAGCAAAAAAAUGGAGAAAGAAAAACAAAACCUUGAGAAUUCCAGAUUUUUGGCAUCAUUAUAUGACCUUCCUGCCUAUUUUGGCCUGCCCCUACCACCUGGGACCUCUUCAAUGGGACUUCUGAAAGAACGUGACAAAGCAUUCUAUGAUUGGAGAGGAAUUGUGUCGAUAAGGUCUGUCUAUUUGGCUCCGGACUCCAGUCGGGUUAAUUUCCCUGGACCAUUAGAAACGUUUCAAGGUUAUCAUAUGAAACAGUUUAUGAAAAGAAAGCAAAAACUUAUCAAGCCAGAACCAAAGUCAGAACUCAGGUUAAAAAGUAUUCCAGAUAAAAUUGAUAAAGUUGACAGUAAAGUUAAAAGAAUUGGACCACAUAUAGAGAUCUUCCAAGUUUUCCGAGAAAAAAACAAAUUUUUAAUGAGCAAGAAAAUGGUUAAAAUGAUUACCACAAUGCAGGCACAUGUCAGGGGGUGGCUUGAACGCAGAAGAUUUCAAAGAAUAAUGACCAAGGCUUUGUUUCAUGGAUCCAAUUUGAGAGCAGUUAUAAACAUGUAUCGUGCAAUGAUCCACCGAGUUAGAUAUCGACUUGGGCUUUGGAGAACACGGCAGGUUAUAAACCUUGCAGAGCUAGAAGAAUGGAUGGACAGAAAAAAAUACUAUGAAACAAUGUUUGCUAAGAGAGAAGAUUGGCAAGGACUAGAUCGAAAUGAACUCCUUAAGUACUUCAAUGACUGUGGUCAUUUCCCAACCCAGGCACAAAUUGAUGAUACUUGGGACCUGGUCCACAGAAGUAACCAAGAAAAAUAUUCUAGAGUGAUCAAAAAGUUCAAUGCAAUUGAAAUGUUAUUUACACUCUAUCCACCUAAAGGAGUCCAGAUUUCGAAUAACGUGAGACUCAGGUCCACUUGGCUGAGACCCAUAGUAAAUGGAGAAGAAGGGUACAAAUAUAUAGUGAGUGGACAUCCGGUACUCAAGAGAGCCAACAUCCGAGUUGUUGGGAAGUUGGUGGCAGCAUCCAUAAGAGAAAGGAAAACGAAACUACACUAUAAAUCAUGAGAAGUUGUAACACAAUGCUGUUAACCUUUAAUAGUUGAACCUAUCUAUCCAAAGACACAGGAAAACAAUGGCCAUGAUUUCAUUCUCAAUCAACAAGAAAAAAGACAAAACCAUUGAUUGAAUCAUCAUCAUCAUCAAAAAAAUCUGUUUUAUCAUACUGAUGUGAACCCAUGUAGUGUCAAGUAUUUCUUUCAUUGAAUUAAAAUUUGUUUUCUUCCAUUAUCAAUAAAUUCCA